AUGGACUCCUAUGUGGUGAGCUGUAAAUAUGUUGAGCCGCAGUUCCCGCCUUGCGAGGAGGAUUACAGUAAUUUUAGUGACCAUGGGGGGUAUUACAACCCCCAGGACAGUGGUAGUUAUGGAGGGGGCUACCACCCCCAACCCCCUCCGCCUGCAUACACACCACAACAAACCAGCUAUCAACAUCCUCUGCAGGAGCAGCACCCAGGCCAGGAGCGGGAGGAUGAGGACCACUUACAGAACCAAGGCGCGCCCUUCCCGGGCUACAGAGCGUCUGGGGCCCCGGCCAAGGAGCGCUUCUUCGUUGGGGAGCAGUGCCAGGCCUGGGUGACCUGUAAGCCCGCUCAGGUGCAGAGGAAAGCGACCUGCCAGGGCAAAGACAAGCCACCUAUUGUUGUGUACCCGUGGAUGAAGAAAGUGCACAUCGCUCAGGUCAACCCCAACCAUGUGGGCCCGGAGCCUAAGAGGCUGCGGACGGCCUACACGCGCCAGCAGGUUCUGGAGCUCGAGAAGGAGUUCCAUUUCAGCCGCUACCUCACGCGCCGCCGCAGGGUCGAGGUGGCUCACGCGCUCUGCCUGUCCGAACGGCAGGUCAAAGUGUGGUUCCAGAACCGGCGCAUGCGCUGGAAGAAGGACAACAAGCUGCCCAACACCAAAGGACGGAACAAGAAUAAAAAAUCAACGGAUAACAACAACAACAACGACAACAAUAAUACCAGCACCGACAGCAACAGCAGUAAUAACAGUGUAAAGGAAAUGAGAGCGGUCUGA